AUGCUUAGAACGUUUCUUCUCGAUUCCCUGCUUUUAAUCGGCACGGUGAUUGGAGCCUCGCCUCAUAACCAAUGGGCAAAAUUCAAUAAUUCCAUCAGCGGUAACCUCCUUGCAGUACAACCUGUCGGUCUCCCCUGUCACGAUCCGACAUUUGACGCCGAAGCCUGCCUUGCCGUUGCAAACCAAACAACCAACUCCGUUUGGAGGGGCAUCAAUCCUGGCGCCGUACAGAAUGUGAACUGGGAGGCGUUGGUGGCAGCCAACGAGACCUGCUACGUAGGCUCAAGUCGCACCAUCGCUUGCGGUCAGGGACGCGUGCCACUUUACUCCGCUGAGGUCGAGAACGCGCAGCAUAUCCAGAAAGCCGUCCGGUUCGCUAAGAAGCACAACAUCCGACUCGCCAUCAAGAAUACGGGACACUGCUACCUCGGCCGGUCAUCGGCUCCAUAUUCGCUUCGCAUCGCCACGCACAAACUGAAGAGCCUAGACUUCGUUACGGACUUCGCGCCGACAGUCCCCGCCGGCUACAAGGCGCAGAAGCGCAAGGUCCAGUCUCUGGGCUCUGCCGUUACCAUUGGUGCCGGCGUCUACCUCAUGGAUUUGUACAAGGCCGUCGGGGAGCGGAAUCUUACUGUAGUAGCCGGCAUUGCACACACGGUUGGGCCGGCGGGCGGAUACAUUCAGGGAGGCGGCCAUUCUCCUCUGGGAACGUGGAAGGGUAUGGCUUCGGAUAAUGCUCUCCAGUUUACGGUAGUCAACGCAGACGGCGACCUUGUAGUUGCAAACGAAUAUCAGAACCAAGACCUCUUUUGGGCACUUAGGGGCGGCGGCGGAGGUACCUUCGGAGUCGUCGUUGAUGUUACCGUGCGUACUUUUCCCGAUGUGCCAGCACACUUGGCGAGCGUGGUGGUAAGCACCAACAACACGGCCGGGUUCUGGGAGACGAUUCGCGAAUUCCACACGAAUCUCCCGCAGAUCAAUGACGCUGGUGCUUCGGCGUACUACUUCAUAAACACGGCUCCAGACGGUGGGAAUGGAUCCGCUUCCAUUUCUAACCUGACAAGUGCGAUGAUAUUCGCGAAUCAGACAGACGAGGCAGCGGUUCGUAGCCUCUUGAUGCCCAUGGUAACGAAUAUGAACGGCCAUGUGGGAAAUUCCUCUGUGGUUUUUGAGCUCGUCUCUGUGCCUCAAAUAAAAUUCAUCAUCCAGCAGUUCCUAUCUGAUGGCGCCGACGUCACAGGUGGUAUUGCGCUGUUAGCCUCUCGUCUGAUCUCCCGCGACUUCCUUUCUACGGUUGAUGGUCCCGCUCGCCUAACUGAGACCUUGCGGAAAAUUGUUGACUUGCAUGGGGGACCCACUAGCGUAAUCGGACAUGCCAUUGCGGGCGGCCAGGUUGCCCGAAAUGCCGACAUCGACUCGGCGCUGCUCCCAGCAUGGAGGAGGGCUCUGACCCAUAUCGUUGUCGCCUCGUCGUGGGGGUUCAAUGCCACUAUAGAGGACCAGCGGGCUGUAGAGAACCAGGUCACUCACACUGACGUUCCGAUGCUAAAGGCAUUUGAACCGGAUGAUAUGGGCGCGUAUCUGAACGAGGCAGAUGGGAACGAGGAGGACUGGCAAGCAUCGUUUUGGGGUGAGAACUACCACCGGCUGUAUGAGUUGAAGCAGAAGCUGGACCCUAGCGGGCUAUUCAUCACGAGAAGGGGCGUAGGGAGCGAAGAUUGGGACGAAGAAGGCAUCUGCCGAAUUGGUAAAGAGCGCGUGGGAUAG